AUGUCUGGUGGUCUUUCUUUCUUCUUGGUAUUGCUAUCGUUGGUGAGUUCAGUCAAACCUGAUGGAAUUCAGGACAAAUGUCAAAUAACCCAACAGAUAACUGCAAGAGUUGGUUGUGUCAUUGAUCACAGAUCUCGAGUGGGAAAAGAACAGAAAGUAGCCAUGGAAAUGGCUAUCCAAGAUCUUUCUAAGUCAAUCUGCGCUAGAGUGGAUUUACACCUGAAAGAUUCACAAGGGAACUCAGCUCGAGCAACAGCUGCAGCAAUCAGUCUCCUCAGUAGCAAACAAGUUGUAGCCAUCAUCGGAACACUGACCAUGCAAGAAGCAGCUCUACUCUCUGAGAUCGAAAAUAGUUUUCCCAUCAUAUCCCUUACUUCCACCGCCAUGAGCCCACCAUCAGAGUCACUUCAAUGGCCAAUUUCCAUCCAAAUAGCUAACAACAUUGCCUUCCAUAUGCAAUGCGUUGCGGCCUUAGUUGGUCAUUUCCAAUGGCGAAAGGUGACUGCAGUUUACGAGCACAAUAAUGAAUUUUCCUCCCAUUUAGGGAUCAUAACUCUCCUCUCUGAUUCACUUAGAUUAGUCAACUCAGAUAUUGAACACUACCAAGCCUUCCCAUUCUUGCCUUCUGUCUCACACCCGGAGGCCCUUGUUGAAGAAGAGCUUAAGAAGUUGAGAAGCAAGAGCAAUAGGGUCUUCUUAGUCAUGCAGUUCUCUUUGCAGUCAGCUGUCAUUUUCUUUGAAAAGGCAAAGCAGCUGGGCAUGAUGGACAAAGGCUAUGUGUGGAUUGUCACAGAUGAGAUUGCAAACCUUCUUGAUUCUGUUGACACUUCUGUCAAGUAUAACAUGCAAGGUGUCAUUGGUGUUAAAAUUCACUUUGCAGAAACCUCAUUCAAGCAGUUCAAAACCAGAUUUCGCAGGCUAUAUGGACUACGGUACCCUGAAGAAGAAGAAUAUUCUUGUCCUAGUAUCUUCGCUUUCCGAGCUUAUGAUGCAAUUUGGGCCACUGGUCGAGCCAUUAAAAUAUUGCAACAGGGAAAUGUUACCUCAAAAGAACUGUCUCAAAAAAUCCUGUCGACUGCUUUCCAAGGUCUAAGUGGCAUGAUAGAGUUCAAAAAUGGAAUGCUAUCACAACCACCAACCUUUCAAAUCAUUAAUGUGAUUGGCAGAAGCUACAGAGAGAUGGCAUUCUGGUCACCAAGAUACGGUUUCUCAGAAAACUUGAUGAAACAUACUGAUAUGAAUGCUUUUGCUGAAGUUUUGGGUCCAAUCUAUUGGCCUGGUGGAUUACAGACAACCCCAACGGGAUGGACACCUGUUGAUGUGGAUAGACCCUUAAAGAUAGGGGUUCCUGCGAUGGGUGCAUUCACCCAGUUUGUGAAAGUAAGAUAUGACCCGGACACGAACGAGACAGACAUCUCAGGAUUUUCAAUUGAUGUGUUUGAAGCAGCUGUCAAACAUCUCCCUUAUCAAUUGCCUUACGAGUUUGUGCCCUUCAAUGGCUCAUAUGAUGAGAUGGUGGAACUGGUCUCCAAUAAGCCAUACAUAAGCUCUGGGCUGGAGAUGGUAGUCACUGUGAAGCCAGAUAAGCUGAAGGAAACAGAGAUGUUGGUGUGGCCUUUCACCAGAGAUAUGUGGUUCCUCCUGUUUGUUACACACCUUUCUGUAUGCUUGGUCGCCUGCUUAAUGGAAAUUGUACAUGGACGUAGCUUGGAGGACAUUGGAGCCUUUUGGUUCUGCGUUGAUGUCCUGUUAUUUGCGCCGAGAGAACAAUUUAAGAACCCUUGGGCUCGGUUGCUGAUGGCUCCAUGGCUAUUGGCGAUUGUAGUUGUAACAGCUACUUUCACUGCAAGCCUCUCCUCCAUGAUGACCAUCUCUCGGGUCCAACCAUCUGUGCUUGAUAUUGAAACACUAAAGAUGACAAAUGCAACCGUUGGUUGCAAUGGAAACUCUUUUAUUGUGAGGUACUUGAUUAAUGUCUUAGAGUUUAGACCAGAAAAUAUCAAGAGUAUUGCCUCCAUAAGUGACUACCCAGAGGCCUUUGAGAGGAAGGAUAUUACAGCAGCUUUCUUUGUUUCUCCCCAUGCUAAAGUCUUCCUUGCAAAAUACUGCAAUGCCGGCUUUACCAAAACAGGAUCAGUGCACAAGCCUAGCGGUUUUGGAUUUGUUUUUCAAAAGGGUUCGCCUCUGGCUAUUGACAUCUCAGAGGCAAUGUUAGAGGCAACUGAGAGUGGACAAGUGGAAAAGUUAGAAAAACAAAUGCUCUCCUCUUAUAAUUGCUCCUCUCCAAUCAACUCAAACAAUGGUUCAAUAGGUCCUGGACCUUUCUCUGGCCUAUUUCUAAUAGCAGGUUUGGCUUGUGCAUUGGCAUUUUUGGUAACAAUUGUGCGAAUAGGUGUUGUUGUUGAUUACAGCUCUCGUGUGGGCAAGGAACAGAAAAUAGCCAUGAAAAUGGCUAUCCAAGACCUUUUCCACUCAACCUGCGCUAGAUUGGAUUUGCACCUUAAAGAUUCACAAGGCAAUUCAGCUGGAGCAAUAGCUGGUGCAAUCAAUCUGCUCAAUAGCAAACAAGUUGUAGCCAUAAUUGGAACACUGACCAUGCAGGAAGCAGCUCUAGUUACUGAGAUUGAUCAUAAUACCACCAAAAUGUUUCCCAUCAUAUCACUUCCUUCCACUACCAUAAGCCCACCAACUGAGUCUCGUCAAUGGCCAAAUUUCUUCCAAUUAGCUAACGAUAUCCUCUUCCAUAAGCAAUGUGUUGCAGCCUUAGUUGGUCAUUUCCAAUGGCGAAAGGUGACUGCAAUUUACGAGCACAAAAAUGAACUUUCCUCCGCUUCUGCAAUCAUGAUUAGUAUCCUCUCUGAUUCACUUAGAUUAGUCAACUCAGAGAUUGAGCACUACAGAGCUUUCCCAUCCCUUUCUUCUCUCUCUGACCCGGAUGGCUUCGUUGACAAGGAACUUAAGAAGUUGAGAAGCAAGAGCAACCGGGUUUUUAUAGUCAUGCAGUUUUCUUUACAGUCAGCUGUCCUUCUCUUUGAAAAGGCAAAGCAAUUGGGCAUGAUGGACAAAGGCCAUGUAUGGAUCGUAACAGAUGAGAUUGCAAGCCUUCUUGAUUCUGUUGAUUCUUCUAUCAAAUACAACAUGCAGGGUGUUGUUGGUAUUAAAACCAACUUCAUAGAAACUACAAAGACUUUCAGACGGUUCAAAACCAGAUUUCGCAGAAUAUACGGACUACAAUACCUUGAAGAAGAAGAAAAUUAUAGUCCUAGUAUCUUUGCUCUUCGAGCUUAUGACACAAUUUGGGCGAUUGCUGGAGCCAUGAAAAAUGUUACCACAAAAGAAUUGUCUCAAAAAAUUGUGUCCACUUCUUUCCAAGGUCUAAGUGGCAAGAUAGAAUUCAAAAAUGGCAUGCUAUCACAACCGCCAACCUUUCAAAUCAUUAAUAUUGUUGGCAAAAGCUACAGAGAAAUAGCAUUCUGGUCACCAAGAUUUGGUUUCUCAGAGAACUUGAUCAAGCACAGUGACAUGAAAGAGAGGAUUGAGAAUGGUUCUAUUCAAGUUUUGGGUCCAAUCUAUUGGCCUGGUGGCUUGCUAGCAACCCCAAAGGGGUGGAUACCAGUUGAAGGGGAAAGACCCUUAAAGAUUGGGAUCCCUGCAAGGGGUGCGUUCAAUCAAUUUGUGAAAGUAAGCUAUGAUCAGGAGAGGAAUGAGACAAAAAUAUCUGGAUUUUCAAUUGAUGUUUUUGAAGCAGCAGUCAAACAUCUCCCUUAUCAAUUGCCUUAUGUCUUUUUUCCCUUCAAUGGCUCAUAUGAUGAAUUGGUGCAACAGGUCUACUACAAGGGCUUGGAUGCAGCUGUUGGUGAUAUAGAAGUCAUAGCGGAUCGGUAUCGUUUUGUUGAAUUCUCACAGCCAUAUGUGAGCUCUGGACUUGUGAUGGUAGUCACUGUAAAGCCAGAUAAGCUGAAGGAAAAAUGGAUGUUCAUGAAGACCUUCACCAAAAGCAUGUGGUUCCUCAUGAUUGUGGCACACCUUUCUGUAUGCUUUGUCGUCUGGUUAAUUGAAAAUGAACAUGGAGACAACCUUGAACUAAAGGGCAUUGGGGCCAUCCUUUGGUUCUCUGUCACUGUCCUGUUCUUUGCACAGAAUGUCGAUCUAAAAUAUGCAGGAGAACGAGUUCAGAGCAACUGGGCUCGGUUGGUGCUGGCUCCAUGGUUGGUGGUGAUUCUAGUUGUGACAGCUACUUUCACUGCAAGCCUCACCUCCAUGAUGACCGUCUCUCGAGUUCAGCCGUCUGCUCUUGAUGUUGAAACACUUAAGAGAACAAAUGCAACUGUUGGGUGCAAUGGUAAUUCUUUUAUUGUUAGAUACUUGAUUAAUGUUUUAGAAUUCAAACCAGAAAAUAUCAAAAGCAUUGCCUCAAUAAGUGACUACCCAAAUGCCUUUGAGAGGAAAGAUAUUGCUGCAGCAUUCUUUGUUGCCCCCCAUGCUAAAGUCUUCCUUGCAAAGUACUGCAAGGGAUAUAUCAACUCAGGACCAGUUUACAAGCCUAGCGGCUUUGCAUUUGUUUUUCCGAAGGGUUCUCCUUUGGCUUUUGACAUAUCAGAGGCAAUCCUAGAGACCAAUGAGAGAGGACAAGUGGAACAACUAGAAAAACAAAUGCUCUCCUCUUAUAACUGUUCCUCUUCAAUCAAGUUGGAGAAUGAAGAUUCCAUAGGUCCUGGGCCUUUCUCUGGCCUCUUCUUAAUUUCGGGUUUCAUUUGUGCAUCUGCAUUUUUCGUCACAGUUGUGCGUAUAGCGGGUAGGCAUAUGCAGAACUUGAGCUGCAUACGAGCAAUGUUGAUCAACACAAGAAUUUGGAGAUGGGCUUCGAUAAAAUCUAAAAGCCAGUGUUCCACAAGUAGCUCGAUGGUGAAGCCAAACAGCCAAGGAGAAAAGCUUGAUGAGCUAGAAGACAAUUCAAUGAGUACCGGAAUGGUAAUUAUUACUCAACACUGA